AUGGAAUCUGGGAGAAGGGGAUGGAAUCUGGGAGAAGGGGAUGGAUUCUGGGAAUGGGGAUGGAAUCUGGGAGAAGGGGGUGGAAUCAGGGAGAAGGGGAUGAAAUCUGGGAGAAGGGGAUGGAAUCUGGGAGAAGGGGAUGGAAUAUGGGAGAAGGGGAUAGAAUAUGGGAGAAGGGGAUGGAAUCUGGGAGAAGGGGAUAGAAUCAGGGAGAAGGGGAUGGAAUCUGGGAGAAGGUGGUGGAAUCUGGGAGAAGGGGGUGGAAUCUGGGAGAAGGGGAUGGAAUCUGGGAGAAGGGGAUGGAAUCUGGGAGAAGGGGAUGGAAUCUGGGAGAAGGGGAUGGAAUCUGGAAGAAGGGGAUGGAAUCUGGGAGAAGGGGAUAGAAUCUGGGAGAAAGGGAUGGAAUCUGGGAGAAGGGGAUGGAUUCUAGGAGAAGGGGAUGGAAUCAGGGAGAAGGGGAUGGAAUCUGGGAGAAGGGGAUGGAAUCUGGGAGAAGGGGGUGGAAUCUGGGAGAAGGGGAUGGAAUCUGGGAGAAGGGGAUGGAAUCUGGGAGAAGGGGAUGGAAUCUGGGAGAAGGGGAUGGAAUCAGGGAGAAGGGGAUGGAAUCUGGGAGAAUGGGAUGGAAUCUGGGAGAAGGGGAUGGAAUCUGGGAGAAGGGGAUGGAAUCUGGGAGUAGGGGAUGGAAUCUGGGAGAAGGGGGGAGAAGGGGAUGAAAUCUGGGAGAAGGGGGUGGAAUCAGGGAGAAGGGGAUGGAAUCUGGGAGAAGGGGAUGGAAUCAGGGAGAAGGGGAUGGAAUCUGGGAGAAUGGGAUGGAAUCUGGGAGAAGGGGAUGGAAUAUGGGAGAAGGGGAUGGAAUAUGGGAGAAGGGGAUGGAAUCUGGGAGAAGGGGGUGGAAUCAGGGAGAAGGGGGUGAAAUCUGGGAGAAGGGGAUGGAAUCUGGGAGAAGGGGAUGGAAUAUGGGAGAAGGGGAUGGAAUCUGGGAGAAGGGGAUGGAAUCUGGGAGAAGGGGAUGGAAUCAGGGAGAAGGGGAUGGAAUAUGGAAGAAGGGGGUGGAAUCUGGGAGAAGGGGGUGGAAUCUGGGAGAAGGGGAUGGAAUUUGGGAGAAUGGGGAUGGAAUCUGGGAGAAGGGGAUGGAAUCUGGGAGUAGGGGAUGGAAUCUGGGAGAAGGGGGUGGAAUCAGGGAGAAGGGGAUGA